AUGGGAGUAGCCGAUGAAAGCAGCGACGAUAGUAUGCAUGAAAGAACUCCCUCAUCUGACAAGAGUUCAAAGAAUGGCAGCUCUGAAGAGUCCCUUGAUGACGAGGAGUUUGAGGUUGAAAGAAUUAUCAAGUUCCGUAAGCAUCAGGGAGUAGAACAAUUCUACAUCAAGUGGAAAGGAUAUCCUGAUUCAGAUAACACUUGGGAGCCCACUGAUGUUGUGGAUGCGCCUGAUCUUGUCAAAGAAUUCUGGAGUACUCAGGCAAGUAAAGGCAAAAAAGCGCGAACUUCCACAUCUAGAUCUCGUGCUAUAGAACCUCAAGCAUCACCUCCCAAGCGUCAAAAAACGCCAAUUGCUAAAAAUGGUAAAUCCGCAUCACAGCCUUCUCGCACCAGCAAAAAAGGAGCUACCUCGAAAUCUGCUUCAAAACCGAACCCAUCCAGCAAAAAAAAGACUAUAGAAGAAGAGGAAUCAAGCGAAUCUUUGCAAAAGAUAUACCUUUCUCCCGAUGCUCUUACGGCAGAAAUGAGAGACAAAUUGUCAUGGGAGAAUGAUGUGGAAAGUAUUGAAACCAUGGAGAUGGCAUCUUCAAGCACAGACGAUCUUUUAGUUUAUAUUAAUUGGAACGAUGGCAAAAAGAUUGUGGUUGCAAGCAAGGUUGCCAAUGCUAAAUGUCCUCAAAAGAUUAUUAAAUUUUACGAAAACCAUUUAAAGUUUGGUUGAUUGGUUGCAAUGCUCAAUAGUGAUUUUUCUGUCAACGUGGAUGUGGUUAUUGCAUUAUAUCCGAUUAGUGUCUGGGCUUAGAUACCGAUUAUUCUAUUGCAAUGGUAGAUCUGAUAAUUACUACAUAUGACCAAAACUGCACUUAUACAAAGUAGCUCGAGAUUGGUAUUUGAAAUAAAAGCUUCAAGUUGA